GGGCGGAGAGGCGGCGGAGCGGGUAGCGGAGUCGGUCGUACACCGAUGGGAGCAGUUGGUGGAGCGGCGCGAGGCCGCAGGGCGAUUCAACUGGAACAUUGACCCAAUCACUGAAACUCAGAUCUUUAAGGACUUAAUAUAUUCCUAGCCUUGAAGAACAAGCGACACUGGUUCAAAAUGAGUGCCAUGCUGGAAACCCCUGAGCUGCCGGCAGUGUUUGAUGGGGUGAAGCUGGCUGCAGUUGCUGCUGUUCUCUACAUUAUUGUUCGCUGCUUGAAUCUAAAGAGCCCAACUGCCCCUCCGGAUCUCAUUUACCAGGACACUGCACUGUCCCGCUUCCUGCUCAAAUCCUGCCCGCUGCUGACCAAAGAGUACAUUCCACCCCUGAUCUGGGGGAAGAGUGGACAUAUCCAGACUGCUCUCUAUGGGAAGAUGGGGAGAGUGAGAUCACCACAUCCUUAUGGUCUUCGCAAGUACCUCACAAUGUCAGAUGGAGCCACAGCAACCUUCGACCUGUUUGAGCCACUGGCUGAACACUGCAUUAGAGAGGAUAUCACAAUGGUCAUCUGCCCUGGAAUAGCGAAUCACAGCGAGAAGCAGUACAUCCGCACCUUUGUUGAUUAUGCCCAGAAAAACGGCUACCGGUGUGCAGUCCUGAAUCACCUAGGAGCACUGCCAAACAUUGAGCUCACCUCUCCCCGCAUGUUCACAUAUGGUUGCACCUGGGAAUUUGGAUCCAUGGUUAGCUACAUCAAAAAGACCUACCCACAGACCCAGUUGGUUGUGGUGGGCUUCAGCCUGGGUGGGAACAUUGUGUGCAAGUACCUCGGAGAGACCCAGGCCAACCAGGAGAGAGUUCUGUGCUGUGUCAGCGUGUGCCAGGGGUAUAGCGCGCUGCGGGCACAGGAAACCUUUAUGCAAUGGGAUCAGUGUCGAAGGUUUUAUAACUUCCUUAUGGCAGACAACAUGAAGAAGAUCAUCCUCUCUCACAGACAAGUUCUGUUUGGAGAUCAUGUGAAGAAGCCCCAGAGCUUAAUGGACACAGACCUGAGCAAACUCUGUACAGCUACAUCCCUCAUGCAGAUUGAUGACAGCAUCAUGAGGAAAUUCCAUGGCUACAAUUCCCUGAAAGAAUAUUAUGAAGAGGAAAGCUGCUUGCAUUACCUACAUAGGAUCUAUGUUCCCCUGCUGCUAGUUAAUUCUGCUGAUGACCCUCUGGUUCAUGAAAGCCUGUUAUCAAUCCCAAGAGGUCUUUCAGAAAAACGGGAGAACGUCAUGUUCGUGCUGCCACUGCAUGGUGGUCACCUGGGCUUUUUUGAGGGGGCUGUACUCUUUCCUGAACCCCUCACUUGGAUGGAUAAGCUUGUGGUGCAGUAUGCCAAUGCCAUCUGCCAGUGGGAGAAGAACAAGUCCCAGUGCUCAGAUACAGAGCAAGCGGCAUCUGGCCAGGAAUAAUUGCCCCAAAGACUCUCCAGGUCACUUCACCAUCUCUUCCUCUUCAGGAACUUUUUGUUCCCUCACCUGCUGUUUCAAGAUUUUCUGUCCUCUUGGAUGUCCUAGGACUGGGGUUUGACCACAAUGUUUUCUUCUGAAGUGAAGCUACAGCAGAGGGCAGUAUCUGGUUUGAGCUUCUGUGUGUGGGUGUGCGUGUGUGUGUGGUGUCAUUCUGGGUUUACGGUGCCCUAUUCUGUGUGGAGAUUUGUGCUGCUGUCUGUGGUUUGCUUCAGGGUUCUCCAGAUAAUUGAUCUGAUGGUCAAACCAUCACUGAUCAAAACUUGGAGGACACUGCAGUUCUUGUUUAGCUGGGGGUCAUGUGCUGAGAGCCAGGUUUUCCCCCGUACAAUAACACCACGUUGCAUUAUUGGGAGCACCCUGCAGCAGUCCAUAGACAGCGGCACUUCAGUCUGUAAGUUGCUGGAACGUGGCUUGGAAAAAAAAAUUAAAGGGAAGCACCUGAACUGCAAGUAGAGUUCCAGCCUUGCACCUUCUCACAAGGGGGCCUUUCCAGAAAUGCACUUACCAGGAACUAUGUUUGGAAAGAUCCAGACCUUCAGCUGCUUGUAGGGUGGGAUGCGUUAGACCAUAUCCGCAUUGCUUUUCUGCUGGGUUCUGCAUAGAAAUGAGCUUCGAGUUGGUUAUUCCAAUGGAUUUCCGGCUGUACAAACACAUUUUCUCACCAAGACUAAACAAGUAGCCUUCAUGUGAUACUUGCCUUUUUUUUCUAGUGUUGAGUUGAAUUUUUUAGCAUUGGACUUCUGUAUUUUAACCCAAGCCUUUUUAAACUGGUUCUCAUUUAAAGAUUGGGACCCAGUAAUGAUCAGUCAAUGAAGCCUAUCUGUUUUGUUAUAGUAUUUUUCAUAGCGAAUUAACACUUUCUUGGGGACCUUUUUAUGGAGGAAACAUAUCAGUUCUUGCAUUUUCUGUCCCCUUCUUGUACAUGCCAGGGUAAAAUGUUCCAAAACCCCUCCCCUGAACUUCUAGAGUACAGAAAGAGUUUCUUCAGCCAUGUGACUUGCCUCAGAAUGGAUGGGAAUCGGAGUUCUGUACCCCUGUUGAAACUAAAAAGUUAUCUCUACAUGGCUAACUGCCUCCAGCUCUUGGUAUCCUGGGUUGCCUGGUUCAACCAGGUACUAGUGCUCUCCUUGCUCCAGUUACUCUUCCGUAGGGGAACAUUCACUUUUUUUUUUACUUACCUGCACCAAGUGAAGUGUGAACACUUAUGAGGAGAGGAGAAAGAGUUCCUUGUGCUUCCCGUUCCCCUCCUCUCCCCAUCCCCACUCCCCCUGUCCACUGUUCAGUCACUGGUAAUGUGCCCAGAGGGCUUUUAUGAUGGGCUGUAGUCUCUAUCCUGGAAAGAAAGCUCCCCCAUGACAAUCAAAGA